CACCUCUGACCUCCGUGUGUGCGGCGUUGAAGCUGGAUAAAGAUGGCUGAAGUAGAUUUCGGGGAUAGUGAGCUCUUUGAGCAGCUCGAUGAUGACUCUGCUCCUCUCGUCCCGACACACAUCCGCUUCACGGAGGAUGAUAACGAUGAAGAGGAGGAGGGGGAGCCGGAGGAGACGAUCCGGAUGCGGAGCAGGAGCAGACUGGAGGAGUUUGAUGAGCACAUCCGGAGACUCACGGAGGAGAAUAAAGGUUUGAGAAGAAAGUUAAACAUCCUCACACGACCAAGCGGGAUCACGAUGGAAGAUGUCAACAUUGACGGACCAGUGCUUCAAAUCCUUUAUGCAAACAACAUCAUCUCCAAACAAUGUCGUCAAGAAAUAGAAGACGGUAUCUGCAGUGUGAUUUUGAAGCAUCAGCAGCUGGGCAAUGAAACGAAAAAAACACCUAUCAAAUUAAAGCGCAGGUAUGAAUCCAAAAUGUGACUGUGAAAUUCAGCUUUUGCUUUGGACGAAGAGCCACAGAAGUCGUCCUUCAGUGGAGUGAAAACAGAAUCCUAUACAGUGGUUGGAAGCGUUUUACAUUUUACUACUUUCAGUGUUGACAAACUUGGCCAGCCUCUGGUGAAUGAAAACCCCCAAACGACGGAUGGAUGGGAGGUUCCAACCUAUCACCAGGUUUUCAACCAAGUCAUUGGCACGGAUGGAGUGGAAGUAGAGAUGAAAGAUAAAAGAUCAAAAUCCAUUUGUUUCAACUGCGGUCUGAGCAGCCAUCAGAUGAGAGACUGUCCCAAGCCUAAAGACAUGGCUGCAAUAAACGAGAGAAGAAAGGAGUUCAAUCAGGGCAACAACCAGGCCAUGCAGAGUAACCAGAGAUACCACGCUGAUGAAGUGGAGGAGCGCUUUGCUAAAUACAAGGCUGGAGUCAUGAGCGAGGAGCUCUUGACUGCUCUGGGACUCGAUGGCAACGCCCUCCCUCCUCUGAUCUAUCGCAUGAGGCAGCUAGGCUACCCACCAGGUUGGCUCAAAGAGGCGGAGAUGGAAAACUCCGGCCUGGCUCUUUAUGAUGGAAAUGUUUCCAAUGAUGGUAAUGCGACAGACGGUGCCAAUUCCCAAAACACCUCCUAUGAUGUUUCCAAACUGGUGGAUUUCCCGGGUUUCAAUGUACCUGCCCCAAACAUGAAAGAUGAGUUCAUGCAGUACGGCUCUAUUCCAAUGCAGAGCAGCCACAUGAAGCAAAACUGCGCCUACCUGUCCAACAACUUCCCCAUGCCCGGUGCCAACAGCAACAAGAGACAGCUUGAAUGUGACUCAUCUCCCCAGCUGAGGAAGAAGACGAGGUCCAGUCCUGAUCGGACGUCUGACAGAAGCUCAGACAUGGAUAUUGAAUCAGACCCAGGAACACCUUAUCAUCACGGCUCAGGGGACUUCCAGUUCCAAACUCCUCUACCCCCUGGCUCUCCUUGCUUCAGUUCACCUCCUCCUCUACCCCAGGGCACUCCUCCUGCCACGCCCACUCCUCCCCCUCUCCCUAAAGGUACACCUCCUCCCACACCCACCAAUGGCUCUCCGGCUCUGCGCGGGGGGAGCUGGACAGUGGUUGAUGAAACUGGGGAUGGAACGGAGGAUGAACUGUCACUGGAGGAACUGGAGGAGCAGCAGAGGUUGAUAUGGGCUGCUCUAGAAAACGCAGACACCGCCACCAACAGUGACUCUGAGACACCUGCAACGGGAACUCCUGUACCCAGUUCAUCGAGCGUAUCCACACCUGUGCAUGUGGACACAGAAACGGAAGAGGGCGAAGAAGCGAUGGACACAACAAAACCUGAAGAGUCUUGUCAGAACAAUGACAAUCAAAGGGAACCGGAGGCUCUGAGCCCUGGGCCGAUCAAAGGCGAGGAAGACAGUCCUCAGAGUCCUGAACCAGGUCCAGUCAAAGUCAAACAUGACAGCCCUCAGAGUCCAGGUCCAGUCAAAGUCAAACAUGACAGCCCUCAGAGUCCAGGUCCAGUCAAAGUCAAACAUGACAGCCCUCAGAGUCCAGGUCCCGUCAAAGUCGAAGAUGACAGCCCUCAGAGUCCAGGUCCAGUCAAAGUCGAAGAUGACAGCCCUCAGAGUCCAGGUCCAGUCAAAGUCGAAGAUGACAGCCCACAGAGCCCGGACUCGAUGAAAAUCCAGGAAGGAUCCAUCCAACAGGAGCCUGAUCAGGGUGUCCUGCCCGGGGGUGCCGCAGAUUGUGUUUCCCCUGAGCACUUUGAGAAGAUAGGAGCUGUUCCUCAUCGGAGCAACUUCGCAGCUGGCAUUGUUCAAUUUGAAGACACACCAGAAUUCACUGAAGUUGCAGAAGCCACAGGAACGUACCUCAAGAUCAGAGACUUGCUUAAAUGUUCCCCUCGAAAUUUGGCAAAGAAAAAGUAAAACACUUUAUUGAUUUGGAACACCAGGAUACCAUUUUUUAAAACAAAUACUUUUAUUUUCAUGACCGUUUUGUCAAGCAUGUGUUUUAGCUCUUUAUUUUAUUUUUUUACCACACUGAAUUUCUGUGAUUUAUGCAUUUGAUCUGUAAUCAUACUACAAGGGAGAGACAUUGAGGGAUGUUGCAACAGCAAAUGGUUUAGUAUAGCUGGGGCCAUUUAGUUGCAUAUUUUUUGUAACAGUAGUUCUUGCUCAUGCUGUUCAUUUUAUUGUUAAAGUUAUAAAAUUGUCAAUGUCCUAUCUGCAUUCUUUUCAGAAUCAUUGUUUGUAAAUGGUUUUUCUAUUUUUGUCCCUCUUACAUUGCUCUUAAACCAUAAAGCAAACAAGCUUGUAUUUCGCUCAGUGCACUACUUUAUUCAGCAGACAUUUUUAAAUGCAGGUCUGAUUUCUUUCAGGUUAUAUCUUCCCAGGACAGAGUGCCUCAUAUGUGAAGGGUUUGAUUGUUCUAGUCAUUUUUAGCAGAGCUCAGUGUAAAAGUCGUCGCUGUAUUGCUGUAAGCAGCUCGUGUUGAUUUUCAUGCACAUUUCUAAUGACAUAGUACUACAGCAGUUUGCAUUUUUUCCAUGGCAUUAGAAUAUCUUGUCGACAUUCCUUUAGUAUGCAAUUCAUCCAACUAGUGUCAAUAAAGUCUGUUUCCUCUUUCAA